UUGCAUUCGGUAUCUUUAGUUGUUAAGGACAGACCUGCUGUGACUUCGCCAGCGAACAGAGAUGGUCUUCCUCGAAAAAUCAAAAUCAGCCGUGAUGCCAAUGGACACCUUGGGCUUUCGAUAGCUGGUGGACUUGGGAGUACACCUUUUAUCGAUGGAGACUGCUCUCUUUUCGUCUCGCGCGUUACACCUGAUGGUCCUGCCGAUCUGGCAGUCAAUAAGUAUCGCUUUAAUGUUCAUCCUAGGGUCAACGACGUUGAUGUUACAUGUGCUUCACAUGACGAAGCUGUUCGAGCAAUGAAUGAGCCUGGAGAGUUUGUCGAACUCUCGAUUCUGAGGCGAGAGAAUGUUGGAACCACGUUUGUGAGGUCUCCGGAACAAUCUUUGGAUGUCUCAUUCAUUACAGACUCCGGUGAAUUGCCUCUCCACAAUCGUGAAACCCUCAGCGUUACGCUGAAGCGUGAUGCCUCUGGUUCACCCGGAUUUGCUGUUGCUUCGUCACAUGCAGGAGCAAGCGAUGGUCUUUUCAUCAGUUACAUCACUCCUAACGGACCAGCAGGAUCUCAGGGAAAGCUAUGUACUCAAUCUACAGUUGGAGGCCCCCUCAAGUCUAUUCAGACUAGCGUGCCUCUAAGUCUUUUGCAGGUUGGUGAUCGCGUAGUGUCUAUCAACGGAACCCGGCUAAAGGGUGUUCGUCACGAUCAAGCUGUGGCAUUACUUACGGGUAAUCCAUUCGAAGACGUCUAUAUCACAGUAAUGGUAGGUUUUUUUUUGUUUAUGAUUAUUCUUUGGAAAUCCACUUUUAUGUGAGA